AUGAGCACACUUCGCCGUGUUAGUAUUUUUCCCUUAAUUGGAGCAUUCGUGCUUGAGUGAACCUCAAUGGUUGUAAAAUUAUUUUCUGUAAAAUUUAUGUCAUGCCACUUGCUCCAACAUACUGUAUUUGCAUUAGCAUUUUUUUAAUGAAAAUUUUCAGGGUCUAUCAAAUAUUCUAGCACCGAAAUUUACAUCAAACGAGUUGAUGGAGGAAAUGUGGAAACAACCAUAGGUUCCAAUGUAACGCUGGAAUGGUGUUAUGCCACUUGUGUUAUGCCACUUGUGUUAUGCCACUUGUGUUAUGCCACUUGUGUUAUGCCACUUGUUCCACUAUUCUGUAUUUGCAUUAGCAUUUUUUUUUAUUGUAAAUUUUCAGGGUCAAUCAAAUAUUCUAGUGCUGAAAUUUACAUCAAGCGAGCUGAUGGAGGAAAUGUGGUAACAACCAUAGGUUCCGAUGUAACGCUGGAAUGGUCAUGUCGUGUUCGUGGGAAUCACUCAGUAGGUAUGCUGGCGUGGACGCUUAAGUUACAUACAGUAACAGACAGGACGCGAAUUGCAUGGGUCUACUACACUCCUGAAAGGUUCUGGAUUGGUAUCACGAAAUCAAUCCAUUACGGCAGACGAGUUAGAUGGACAGGCGAAGCGAGCCAAGGAAAGAUAUCCUUUGUAAUUCAAGAUGUAAGAAUCUCAGAUGCCCAGUCGUAUAAACUUUCUUGGAAAGUUAUACUUCCCUCCAGAAAUGGAUCAAGACAAGUGGUGAUGACACAGUCGAAAUUAAUGGUAACUGUGGCAGGUAAUUACUGGUAUAACAUAAAAGCUCGUUAAAAGGGAGUUUGCUCCUCAAACCAUUCAUUUUUUAUCAUGUCAAGGGAUGGAAGAAAAUUUAAAGGAAUAAGAUUGUUACGUCACAAGCAAGUGGCAAAUGGCGGUGUCUAGGAUCUAAAAGCUUAUCAGCUGUGAUAAAUAUAAGUUCGUUAAACGAUCCAAAAAUGACCGAAUAUGAUCAUUUAAGGAAAAUGGUGUCAAAGGAAUAAUAAAUCAAAGCUUCAAAUAAAACAGGCUUCCAAAUGCACGCGUUCGAAUAUAAUUUUCAACAUGUUAGCUUAAUCUUUAGAUUCUGAAACGUUACUCGAAAUAUAUGUCACUCGAAGAAUUUCGCUUACGGUUAGGGUUUAAAAAUUUGCAAAAGAAGGUAUCUUUGUCAAUUCUGGUAAAAGGUUUUCCAGUUAGGUUUAUUAUUACUUUUUUUAUGUUUAGCGAAGUCAACAUACAAACCUUCACCUUCACAUGUUGAUAUGCAGCCGAAAACCACUGGUAAGGGUCAGUAAAUAAUCAUAUAUUUUGAGAAAUAAAAUAUCUUUAUAUUCAUAUUUUGUUUGAAUAUAAACGGUAUACCUGAGUUUAAUCAAUUUUUUUACGAGGAAUCUAGCAGUCGUCUAUUUUAUAAUCCCACGUCUAUUUGUGGUCCAAGAGAAACCUUUCAAUUUUUGUUUGAUUUUCUUUUUUUUUUGCCAUACUAAGAAUCGACUUUGAGAUAACUUCACCAAACUCUGUAUCGUAAAAAUCUCUUCUCAACAACCCUGACAAAAUUGCGCUAUACAAUAUGUUAAUUUUGCCAAACUUAAUAUUGCAUAAAACUCGUCUCAAAAACUACGGCAAAAUUGGGCUAUACAGUAUUUUAGCUUUCUUUCCCCCUUUGUUCGUUCUGUGUGUGUUUGGUUUGUUUUUCUUUAGGUUUUUUUUUUUCGUUUGGCUAGGUAUUAUAUUGUCGACAAGCUCGCAAACUGCUGCUACUUUGGAUGAAGCUAACACUGAGGCGGCCUUUUUGUCAACCAAAGGUUAAACGCAUCGAUCUCUUUAUUAGCUUAUGACUUUUCAGGAAUGAUAAUAAUGGGGAGAGAUGAUAUUUCAGAUGAAAAAAUUAAAGAUAUUAUCAGACAGAGAUUUCUUUUUUUUGAUAUUAGGAAUUACUUUGAGACAACCUCACCAAACUCUAUCGCAAAACUUUCCUCUAAACAACCGUGGCAAAAAUUGUGCUAUACGGUGUAUUAGGGAUAACUUUUUAUCCAAACAUUUAAGAAUAUCUAUGGGAAACUUUGCGUUUAUAAUUAAACUCGUCUUAACAACCGCGUCAAAAUAGUGUUAUAAAGUAUUUUAGUUUUCAUGCCUCUUUGUUCGUUUUGUGUCUGUUUGGUUUGUUUUUCUUUAGUUUUUUUUCGUUUGGCUCGGUAUUAUGCCGUCGACAAGUACUCAAACUACUACUACCUUUGAUGAAGCUAACACUGAGGUGGCCCUUGUGUCAACCAAAGGUUAAAUGCAUCGAUCUCUUUACUAGUUUAGGACUCUAGAUGAAAAAAUUAAGGAAAUUAUCAGACACAGAAGUUUUUUCAAACAUCAAACAAAAGUUAUGUUUUAACUUUUUAUGGCAUUAGCUGACGACAGUUAAAUUAACUCUAAUUUUAUACAAUUUUCCUAAAAAACCCUUAAAUGAACCCUUUUAAAAAACUAGUAAUUUGCCAUUUGUAGUUAAUCUCAUGUUGAACUAUUCUAAAAUUGAUAAUUAUAUAAUUAUGGGUGUAUCGACCUCAGGUAAUGUCAAUGAAACUCACGUGUCCUCCAUUGAAGAGCAAUCAGACCACAAGAUCGUAGCAACCUUUAAAUCCCAAUUCUAUUUUAUUUUUGUUUUCAUUUUAGCCAUGGCGGUGAGUCCAAAGCGGUCAGACAUGGGUGAUCUUCCUCGUUCCAAAAAACCAGACCAUUUUGCCGCCUUGUUGAUUUUUACGAUAACUUCAGCAAUUGUAAUUGUCGUCCUUUCGGUAAUCAUUUUUGGGUUCUGCUGGAAAAUGCGGAAAGGAAAAGAUGAAAAGGGUAAAUUGACUGGUAUUUCUUCAAAUUUGUUUCUUAUUUUCAUCAUCAUUCAUCAGAUCAAUGCGAUGAUAAUGAUACAAUGUGAGCAAAUAUGUUGCAAGUGAGAUCCUAUUUGUAAUUUCAUGUUUCAGUUGCAUCUUCAUUGUUGUGUUAUGAAUCAUUUAACAUAUUUGUCAUUGAACAAAACUUUAGUUCUGUUUCAUCAUUUUUCCAGAAAGAGUGCUGGCUUUCAGGCAAAGUGUAGCAUUUAAAGAAAGACAGUAUCAGUUUCUGUUUCAUUGUUUCUGUUUCCUGUUUUUAGGCAGAGUAAAGCUACUGAAAAAUGUUUAGUUUUGAGAUCUGAUACGGUUUCAAUAGCUCAUUUAUAAUUAAAAACUUAUAACUUUGCAUGUAGAGAUCAAAACCUUUUUGCUUUUCUUUUUAUGGUUUUUAUCUUCUUUUUUCCUUCCUUUUUAUUCGGUUGACUGUUCUUGGUGCUGUGAAUAUUUCAGAGCAAGGCCUUAAUCAGAGGUAAGAUUGUUAAAGAGUACCAAAGUAUUUGUUAAUGACUCCUUAAAGUCACGACAGUUCAGAGGUAGAGCGUAACGUUUAAUGUUACGUUUGGCAAUCCUCAUGGUAAGUAAAGGUAUACCAGUUGGAAACGCUCGUAACGCCAGUCUUUACAAUAGGUUAUUGUUAACUUUCAUGGACCUGACUGUGAAAACCUUCUAUAACUUUCCAAUCAUUUUUAACUGAAUGGCGUAUGGAAACUUCUCUUUAACGUAUCCAGUCAGAAUGUCUACUCAGAAAACAAGAGAUUUCGCAGGCUUAGAGAGCUUUUACUCUAAACUGCAGCACCCAUAUCUUCGUCCUUUAUGUUGCCAGCUUUUCAGACCAAUAAUAUCUAAUGACUGUAUACGGCACAGUUUGGGGACACGUAUAGUUACAGGCUGGUCAUUACUAUUGUUCUAUUCCCAUCCUUACUGUUGGCCGGAAACAACCAAAUGCUAACCUUGUAGAUCUCUUAUAACUUUGAUCCAACGAUGGCUUUCAUGGAAGUUUAUUUCGAUUGAAUAUCUCAAGGUUUCAGCGUCAUCAUUGCGUUAAUUUAUUUUCAGGCAAAGAGAGGUUGAAUUGACACAUGUACCCAGACCAGCACAGAUACAGGGAGAAGUUGAGGUAGGAAGAUGUUGGUUCAGUUCGCAAAAUCAGUCACGAGAACAGGAUGUUUACCGUUAGUUGGACAUAAUAAAAGUAAAGAAAUUUGUCAAUUUGGGAUGGAAAACGUAGUGUAACAGAUAACAGGAACUUAACAACUACAAGAAAUUAAAAAUAAAAAGAAGAAUGUAACAAAAAAGAGAAUAAGACGUAAAAUCUUGAUAGAAACAAAAGAUGAUUUCUGUAUAGAACAGAAAAAGCGUUCAAAAGACUCCCAGGAGGUUUCCGUUUAAGCUAACCUCAUUUUUUAAAAUUAGGAGGAUACUAGAGCUGAACAAGAUGAGAUAGUUGAUACCUCCCCACCUACUUUGUUUCCACGAGCCCGUCGUUCGAGUCGGUGGGAGUUUCCAAAAACAAGACUGCAAAUUCGUGAGGUGUUUGGCCAGGGAGCAUUUGGACAGGUUGCUAAAGGACUGGCUUUACAAAUUGCUGGGAAGGCUAACUGGACAGAAGUGGCAGUGAAGAUGCUUAAAGGUUGGCGAGUUCAUAACGCUAGCAUUUCCUGAGAAAUAUUGCGUACUUAUUGCCUGAGUGGGAGGGUCGAAGGAGUCUGUAAGUCAUGAUUGAAAGCCGGAUACUUACCCUUUCGGGCCAACCUAACCCAGUCAAACUGAAAAAUUGUGAGUUUCUAGAGUUUUUAUAGAUCAUUAUAUACAUACUUAAAAACGAUGAAACAAAUUAGAGGGAAUAUUUGAUUGUGUUGCCAUGUAUAAUUUUCAAAAAGUCUUAAUUUGGGAGUUAAAUAUUGAAGGGUUCUUAAAGUUAUAUAAUAGGAGUGGUCAUCUUGCCCCUCUCUCCUCGCCUGAAUAGGAUGUUCAUCAGUUCUCUCCCAGUGUACGUAGGGGACACAUGAAACACAAAUCUCAGUCUUUUCAUCUUUCUUUAGAGGAUGCUGAGGAGUCGGACAGACGAGACCUGUUGUCAGAGCUGUCAAUUAUGAAGAAACUCCCCCACCAUCGACAUGUCGUGACUCUUCUAGGCUGUGUCACCACAUCUGGUACAUAUAAUAGCAGUGUUAAUUUUGUACUCACAGCGGAACAGCCAGGCCAGAAGCUUGCAAAAUAAUCUUGUAUUUUACCCCGAGAACUACAUGUACAAAGAGCAUUAAGGUUCUUUUGGAAGGUAUUUGGAAGGCAAGGGUUCCAACCUCGACGAACCCCGUCGAAACCCUUAUUUUCUUAAAUGCAUGCAUGACGUUAGGCACUGAACACUUUUACAUUACCAGACAUUACCUGAAUGAUCGAAGGGGAGAUGCAAGUCUCCAGAAAUUUAUAACGAGUUAUGAUUCCAUGAUACUCGGCAUUCUUUGUUCAACUUUUGAUGUAAAUUAUCUAAUACAACAGUAAAUCCUCUGGUGAUUGUGGAGUUCGCCUCCCAUGGCGAUUUGCUGGGCUAUCUUCUUAAAAGUCGAGGCCUUCCUGACACGUAUUAUAACACCUGUAAAAAACUGACCAGGGUCACCGCCAAGAAACUGAUGAUGUUUGCGUGGCAGAUUGCGAGUGGAAUGAACUUCCUGUGCGAAAAUAAGGUGAAAAAUAAAUAACUUUGAGUAUCUACUGACGGUAGAUGGAUGGAGCCUUGCUCUAAGGGGAAGAUGCCUCGUUACUUUUUGCACAGAAAACUAUCAGUCUAACGAUGUUCAGCUUCCUGUGAUGAUGAUGAUAUAAAUAAAAUAAUAAUAAUAAUAAUAAUAAUGUUGAUAAAAAAAGUAUUAAUAAUUAUAAUGAUAGGCUCUAUUUAUAAAGGAUGACAUUUGAUAGUAGCAGACACAUGCAAUGAUAAGCCCGUGACCCACAUUAAUGGAACAAAACAUGAUGAAAAACCUCAACUGGCUUACCAGUUGGGUGUAAACAAUCUUGGUCGAGGAGCUGAACCCAGGACUAUCGAGGAACAGAUCCAUCUGAUGAUCGGAGUGAGAUCCGAGCCAGGGACCCCUUGGGUAUGAAGCUCUUACCCUUUGAAUUCGCUGUCUCCCCUUCCUGAUGUCUAUUGUCAGAAUCAGCAAAGUCGGAGGAGUGACGUGUGACGGGGGAAACAGAGGUGGUUAAUUUUUAACCAAAAACCGGAUUUACAGUCACCAGAAAAAAUUCCUUCAUCUAAAAUGAUCAUCGUUCAAAAUUGUUUGAAAAAGGGUGAAAUGAUAUAAUAGUUGACAACAAAAUAUGUUCUUAUAGAAAGAUGUUUUUUUGUCUUGUCAAGAGCGUGGAACAAAGAAAAAAUUCUGAGUCCCCAUGAGGAAUUCCUCAUGGGGACUCAGAAUUUUUUCUUUAUCCCACGCUCGUGACAAGACGAAAAAACAUCUUUCUAUAUUUCUUUACCUUUAUCUUCAAAAUGUGUUCUUGUUUCGUUCUUUAGGUUGUUCAUCGUGAUUUAGCUGCCCGCAAUGUUCUGGUUGCAGAUGGCAAUGUUUGCAAAAUCACAGAUUUUGGAAUGGCCAGGGAUGUGCAAGGAAGUAACAUUUACACCAUGAAAGCCGGGGUAAUCGAUAAAAAUCCAAUCAGUUCAUUCUGGUGCAAUAACAAUAUGAACGAGAAUAUGAGAAAGCAGCUGUUCUAUCGACUUGUACGUCGGUCUUUCAUUCGACGUCUCCGGGGUCAAGGCCCCAUCUUGUUUUUGUGUUGUGUUCUUGGGCAAGAGACUCAUCUCUCAAAGGGCCUCUUUCCACCCAGGAUUACAAAAUGAGUGCCAACACAUUUUCAGUGAAACGACUGGCCACGGAAGAGAGGGGUGGGGGUGGGGUGAAUAUUGUUAACCAUGGUGGAUGAAAUUCACAAUGACGUAAGCUCAGGCAGUUUAGGUCACUAGCCCAGAAUAACUUGAUUUGUAAGACGGGUAUUUGGUUAAUUUAAGUCAAAUCAAAUUGCUGUGUCUUCAUCGCAUUAGGGGCGGAUACCAGCCAAAUGGACAGCGUACGAGGCUCUCUCGUAUGGCAUAUACACCACCCAGAGUGAUGUGUGAGUUUCAAUUUUACAUCAUUCUCAAGUUCUGCUCUGUAAAGUUGUGAUAACCAAAAAUGUGUCAUGACUGCGACAUCAACUCACUGUGAUGCCGGCUAAUGCACAUUCAAAAUAUGAUAGGGGAUAACGACGUCCACCUUGUCGAUCAAUAACACGUGACGUCGUUAAACCAACCAUGUGAGGGAUCCACUUAUGUUUAAGUAAAUAUAUUUGUUUGUGUUGAUAAAUAGCCGGGGCUAUGGUUUAAAAAGAUCUGCAAAUACAUGAUCUAGCCCGGCACGAUAUUUGGCAAUUCAGAUGGUGGUAUGGUGUAAAAUAAAAUACCGUUGACGCGUUGUUGCUUCUGUAUAGCUCAGGUCUUGAUGAUUUUAAGACUCAUUUCGUGUGCCUUUAAGGUCCGUAUUUGUUUUCGUGCAUGGUUCUGUUACUCAUUUAGAUUCGUCUUUCCUCAGGUGGAGUUAUGGAAUCGUCUUGUAUGAAAUUUUCACUUUAGGUGAGAAGGCUCACAGAAACGAGGUCGCUUGUAAUAUGAUAUCUUCUAGAAUUUGGGAAGUGGGUAACAAAUAUUCGGAAAUUGUCCAUGGCGUCUUAUGUAAAAGCCCUCUUGACAUCUUUAUGGAUAAGAAGCAGCUGUUACCUCUAUUAAGAAAUCUUCAAUCGAUUUGCUCCAUUAAUAAAAAUCGUCAUAACUUUGUCUUGGCAUGAAAGAAAUGUCAUUAUUAUUAGAAACCAAACUGGUCUUACUUUACUGAUUGCUUUUUGUUUUUUCGUUUAGGUGGUGAACCAUAUCCGGGAAUUAAGGCACGUGACAUCGCGAACUUACUAGAGAAGGGAUUCAGAAUGCGACGCCCAAGGCAACUGGAUAAGGAACUGUUAGUACAAACAUACACCAUACUCAUUGCAAGAACGUAGAGGAUAGAUUGUUUAUUGAACCUUCCUUAAUUUUUGUCAGUUGAGUUUAAAAAUCCUGUUGAGCAUCAAAAUGAUACAAUGACCUAUUGGAUUGUGGAUUUGAAUUUUAGAGCCAAAAAAAAUGUGUCAGACUCACAGUUACGCAUGCACUGUGUCAAUUCACACCAUUGAUAAAGCACAGGUUUCAUAAGACGGUUAAUUAUUAUUGUGAAUAAGUUAGACUUUUGCGAGUCAUCCUUUUUUUUAUUUCAUAAUUUUUUAUUUUUUUGCGCUAAUGCAAUAUAGGAGCUUGCAUGUACCGAAAAUGUGAGGAGACUUCUUCUUUGUCGCGUGAUACUCCUUAAAAAUAAUUGCAGUUGUACGGGAAUACUCUAUAACCUAUAACCUGGUAUUCGUUGAUGUAAUACAUAUUUACAGACCUUUCACGUCUUCGUGUUUUAGAUUUUCAGUCAUGUUUUCUUGUUGGAACGAAGAUCCUAAAAAGCGACCAACAUUUGGGACUUUGCAGGAGGCCUUGGAGAAAAUUGAAAAGGAACAAACGGUAUUGGGUUCAAUUUUAUUGCAAACAAAACCAGAACGUUCAAUUAUAAUGACUUAAAUAAAUGAGGCUCGAAAAUUGCAUAAUCAGAGAAAAACCAUAAAUUUCAGUUGGCACUGAGCAGUUAGGGGUAGCGUGGCCGGCAACAUUAUAAGAAGAUAGCAUGACAAGAGAUGAUAACUUAACCACAGUAACUUUAAUUUUUUUUAACAAAAGAAGGCUCAAAACAUGCCAAGUAUCUUCCAAAUGUUCGAACUGUUGUACUUAGUAAUCAGUAACACGAUAAAUUGCGAAUUUAGUAGAUUUGCGUUGGAGUUUACAUUGACAGAAACUCUCAUUAUCCUGCCAACAUGACUGUAGCAAAAAAGCACUGCUUUCACAAUUAAAGAUCGUUACGAGUCCCAUUAAGAUAAUACUCUCUGGUUUGUCUUUCCCUUUCCAAUUUUAUCCUCUCUGAAACAGACUGUCUUUUUUUUAUAUUCAUUCCAGGGUUAUCUGAAUCUUCAGUCUUUUGUUGACUUCUCUUAUGUAAAUAUUUGCGAAGCAAGAAAAGUGAAAGAAGAGUUUAUUAUUUAG